UUACUUUGUUUCUCGGUUUCUGAGGGAAUAACUUCCAUUACACUCUUGCACUCUGGAACUAAUUUAUCGCUCUGAUUAGGGAUUUCAGCCACAUUCGAAUUUGGAAAGCAUUUGUGCCAGUGGAGAGCAACGGGAACGUCGCCCCCUGCCGACGCUGAGCCGCUGCCGAGCCGUGCAGCCGUGUGUCAGCAUUGUUGACGGUUGCAGACGGUUGCGGUGUACCUUCCCAAAGUAUUCAUACUGUCCUUAAAAGUCCCACGGCAAAUGAUUCAAGUGACGUGUGCUGUAAAUAUCUGACUUGACUACACGAUAGAUUGAACCGAAGGCGACCAACGACAUGUCUGAGUAUAAACUCAGCUGCUCUCUUACGGGGCAUUCCUUGGAUGUCCGGGCGGUUUGCACCGCUCCCGACUCCUCUAUUAUUUCGGGAUCUAGGGAUGCCACCGCCAAAGUGUGGCGCCCAAAUGGAAUCAACCCAGGUUACCAUGAAGCCCAAACAUUGAGAGGACACUCGAACUUUGUGACCUGUGUUUGUUACUGCUCUCCUUCGGAAUCAUACCCAAAUGGAUUAAUUUUGACAUCUGGUAAUGAUAAAAACAUUUGUGGGUUUGUAGCGGAGCAAGAAUCUCCUCUCUUCACCCUCAAAGGACACACUGACGCAGUCUGCUGUUUGUCUUUGGGAAGAGAACCCGGCACAAUUUUGACUGCAUCAUGGGACAAAACUGCCAAAGUGUGGAACUACACAACAGGAAAACAAGUUACAACUCUCAGGGGUCAUGAACUUGCUGUGUGGAGUGUCAUCGAAGUGUCUCCAGGUCGGAUUGUCACAGGUGCAGCUGAUAAAACAGUCAAAAUGUGGGAGAAGAGCUCUGCAACUUGUUUGUCAACAUUAACAGGACAUACAGAUUGUGUCAGAGCACUGGCUAGAGUAAGUGACCAUGAAUUUUUGUCCUGUGCUAAUGAUGCUACUGUUCGUCAAUGGUCGACAACAGGUGACUGUUUGGGUAUCCUCUAUGGGCACUCAAACUAUAUCUACAGUUUGGCUGUAGACCCGAAUGGGAAUGGUUUUGCAUCAGUUGGAGAAGACAGCUCACUACGAGUGUGGAAGGAUGCAAAUGUUGCCCAAGUGCUAACUCUUCCUGCUCAAAGUGUAUGGAGUGUGGCUUAUCUUCCGAAUUCAGACAUUGUCACUGGAUCAAGCGAUGGGGUAGUGCGUGUCUUUUCAAGGGACCCUAUGAGGCAGGCAAGUGAAGAUGUCCAGAAGUGUUAUGAAGCAGAGAUUGAAGCAAUGUUUAAAGUUUCUUCACAGGAACUUGGAGGAGUGAAAAUAAGCGAUUUGCCAGGCAAAGAAGCUUUGUUUGAACCUGGAAAAUCGGAUGGACAAACUAGGCUAAUUCGUGAGGGUACCAAAGUGACUGUGUACAGUUGGUCUGCUGAACAGAAAGAUUGGACAAAAGUUGGUGAUGUUGCCGGGGCCAAUGAAGAAAACUCAGGGAAAUCAUUGCACCAGGGCAAGGAAUAUGACUUUGUGUUCAGUAUUGAUAUCAAAGAUGGUGUUCCUCCUCUGAAACUGCCCUACAAUGUUUCUGAAGAUCCAUGGGUAGUCGCCCAGAAGUUCAUCCAUGACAAUGACCUACCCCAGGCAUACCUCGAGCAAAUUGCAAAUUUUAUUGUUACCAAUGCCAAAAAGACACAACAGCCAACUAUUGCCAGUGCCCCUCAGGGGCAACCAGAGUUUUGUGACCCAUUCACUGGAGGCAAUCGAUACAUACCAGGUGGUUCACAGGGUGGUUCAGCCAGUUCAUCCGGAAACUUUGAUCCUUUUACGGGAGGAAGUAGUUACGUUCCUGGCAGUGCACCAACUCGAACCGUUCCACCAGUUACUACAGCUGCAGGAAAUUUUGAUCCACUCACAGGUGGAAGUAGUUAUGUGUCUAAUGGAGCAAAGGUCAUCAAAGACAGUGCACUUUCUAAACUCCACUUCCCCCAGAAAUCGUAUGUACGCUUUGAUCAAGCCAACCUUAAAGCCAUGUUAGAUAAAUUGCAAGAGCUGAACCAGAAGUUAGGUGGUGAACCUCACCAAGUUGAAGGCAAUAUAUUGGAAAAUGUAGUAAAGCUUGCUGAGCCCCAGAAUUCUCUUGACUCAAGUUCCACUUUGAUCCUGCAGAAAAUCUUGAAGUGGCCUCAAGAUGUGGUAUUCCCAGUCCUGGAUGUAGCGAGAUUGGCUGUUCGACAUGCUAAUAUGAAUCAAGAGCUGUGCGAUGGCAAAAAUGGCAAAGAUUUCAUGUCAAUGUUACAGUUGUAUCUACAGCCAGCUCCAGGGCCAAAUCUUAUGUUGGCUUUGAGGAUAGUUUCCAAUAUGCUUGGGCAUGCUCCUGGUGAGGCUUUAGUCACUCAAAAUGCAUUGUCCUUGCUGCAGCAACUAGAUCAGUAUACUCCACCAUUUUCUAAACCGCUUGAGGUUGCAAUUGCUACCCUUCUCCUCAACUUAAGCGUUCUCUUUACAAGAAAGUCCGAGCUCUUUUCUAGUAUUGAUGCUGUUGGGGCCAGUUGCCUUCACGUCCUACCUCUAUUCUCUGACAAGGAAGCUGUUUAUAGAAGUCUUGUUGCCUGUGGAACUCUACUCUCCCAUAAAAGCCAAGACUUGCCUAACUGGGCACAAGAAUUGUGGCCUCAUAUUAUUAGCAUGUCAGAGAAUGAUGAUGAAAGAAUCCAAAUAUGUUCUCAGCAAAUCUUAGCUAUUGGAAGUUGAUUGUAGUUCUGUUUUAUUUUCAAUUCUCUUCUGUAGAUGAUAUCUGUAUAGUAAGAUGAGUUAGGCAGGUUGUACAAGAUACUAAAACUGUUCACAUGUCACUAGCUAUGUAUUUUAUUCUUCCUCAGUUUUUUGAAGUGGAAGAGUAACACAUUGGCACUUUCUCUUGAUCAAAAUUGUCAAACAAUUUGAAAUAGUGGAACAAUUUUGUGUAAGUACCCAUUAUCUGCUCAAUGGUUCAGCGUUCUUUACUAAUCUUUCAAUGUCUGCAUACUGUUUUGCCUUGUCGCUCUUGUGUACUAUUUGUGUACUGUGAUUUCAAUUACUGCUGUAUGAAAUCAUCAUAUUUUAUUAAUAAGAAUUUGAUUUGUGAAACUGCACUAUCACAACUGUGAUAUCAGAUUAGGGCCUAUGGGAUUGUAUAUACUGUAGUAUGAAUUAAUGUGUCAAAUUUCGAUUUUGAGCUUUAUGUGCCUGUAACACUGACUGCUAAUUCCUCUGCUGUUUCUACUGGUGGGGUGACAGAUUCAUAAAUAAAACUUAGAUACUUCUGA